ACCGGAUGUUUUUGCUUCCACGUGAGAGAGCAGCUGAUCGUCCUUGUGCUUUUGAUUUCAACCGGGAAGUGCCGCAGAAAACACGGUGUGUUUAUGGCUUUACGUGGUUAGAGAUGACUUUGGUAGUGUAAAGUUGGCCAUGAUCAAUAGACAUGAAUCAUGCGGUAUGGUCCUUUGCGUGCUUGUAUCUGUUAGAGGCUCUUUUUCUCGACGGCGCGUCUGCGGGAGCUGAGACCUUUUCUCUGAACGGGAAAUGGAAGCUGCUGAACUCGAACUCGUCUGUUUCUGUCAGCGCCGAGGUCCCGGGCUGUGUUCAUACUGCUCUGCAGCGCCAGGGCUUCAUCUCGGAUCCAUAUUAUAGGUUUAAUGACCUGGCCUACAGAUGGAUUUCACUUGACAACUGGACCUACACUACAUCAUUCUCAGUGCCUACUCAUGCUAGAGGGAAAGGGAAAGCCGUCCUGGUGUUUGAAGGAGUCGACACAAUCUCUACCGUUUCCCUCAAUGGAGUCAUCAUCGGAAAGACAGACAAUAUGUUUCGCAGAUAUGAUUUUGAAGUUACUGGGUUGCUCAAGGAUCAAGAGAAUGUUCUCCAGGUGUGGAUUAUGUCGGCGGUGACGUACGCGUCUCAGAGGAGUCGUGCCCACACUGAGUACAGAGUCCCACCUGACUGUCCUCCUCCUGUACAGAAAGGAGAGUGUCAUGUUAACUUUAUCCGAAAGGCUCAGAGCUCGUUCAGCUGGGACUGGGGUCCAUCUUUCCCAACUCUGGGCAUCUGGAAGGGAGUUCGGCUAGAAGUCUUCAACACUUUAAGGGUUCUAAGUUUUACCACAGUUCCAAAAUAUGACUCUGGAAAUUCAAGCUGGAAUGUUGAAGUGGAGUUGUUCUUCGAUGUUGUUGUUGCAUCGAAGGCUCUCGUCCUCAUGUCCAUACCAUUAUUACAUUCAGAGGAGUUUCAUCUGUCUCUUACACCUGGACAGAGCAGGAAGUCCUUUGUCUUGCAGAUCAACCAGAGUGUGAGUUUGUGGUGGCCGUUUGGACACGGAGAGCAGCCUCUCUAUGAGCUGGAGAUACAAAUCAACAUGGAGGGUGGAGAGACAUUUAAUGCGCAGCGAAAGGUUGCUUUCCGCACAGUGGAGUUGAUCCAGGAGCCCAUACCCUCCUCCCCCGGCCUCAGCUUCUACUUCCGGAUUAAUGGGAAACCAAUUUUCCUGAAAGGUUCGAACUGGAUUCCUGUUCAUGCCUUUCAGGACCAGGUUACCACUGACAUGAUCACCGUCCUGCUCCGGUCUGCUCAGAAGGCCAACAUGAACGCUUUGAGAGUGUGGGGUGGUGGCGUUUAUGAGCAGGACCUCUUCUACAGCCUGUGUGACAUGUAUGGAAUCAUGUCGAUUUGUUUGCUCUUUUGUCAGAUUUGGCAGGACUUCAUGUUUGCCUGUGCGCUGUACCCUACGGAGAAGGAUUUUAUACAGACCGUGAGGGAGGAAGUCACGCAGCAGGUUCGAAGGUUGAAAUCUCACCCGUCUGUGGUCAUCUGGAGUGGGAACAACGAGAAUGAAGCUGCCAUAGCAGCUGACUGGUUCAGCAUCUCUGCUGCCGAGCGCCCACUGUACGUGAGAGAUUACGUCAGUCUGUACGUUGAGAACAUCAGAGACCUUGUGCUGCAGGACAGCACUCGUCCUUUUCUAGUGUCCAGCCCAACCAAUGGGGUCGAGUCUGAGAAGGAAGGCUGGGUGGCUCAUGACCCCUAUGACCCCCACUAUGGCGACACCCACUUCUAUAGCUAUUACAACGAUUGCUGGAACUGGACUGCUUUCCCUCGUACACGCUUCGCCUCUGAGUACGGCUUCCAGUCCUGGCCUUCAUUGUCCACGCUCAGUAAGGUUUCAGUGUCUUCAGACUGGGAUUUCAGCAGUAAUUUCUCGUCUCAUCGGCAACAUCACGAAGAUGGAAAUCAGCAGAUGCUAAAGCAAGCAGAACUACAUUACAUCCUCCCCAACAGCUCCGACCCAGUGCAGAGAUACAGAGACACUAUUUACAUCACUCAGGUGAUGCAGGCGCAGUGUGUGAAGAUUCAAACAGAGUUCUACCGCCGCAGCCGCAGUGACAUCAUCGAGGGCAAAGGUCAUACAAUGGGCACUCUUUACUGGCAGCUCAAUGACAUCUGGCAAGGGCCAUCUUGGUCCUCUGUAGAGUUUGGUGGUAAAUGGAAGAUGCUGCACUACUGGGCUGCAGAUUUUUACGCUCCCGUCCUCUCAGCGGGGGUCGAGGAUGAGGGAGACCUGCUGAUGUACGCCGUCUCUGACAGACACUCUGAGCGGCACAAGGUCAAAGCCAAGGUGAAGUUAUACAGCUGGAGCAGCUUUGAUGCUGUUUGUUCUUUAGAGUCUAAUGUGACUACAGUAAAAGAAGGAGGGAGCACGCUUGUGUUUCAGCAUCCCAUAUCUGCUCUCCUGGAGCAAUGUGGGAACUGCACUCGGCGCUCCUGCAUCGUCACCUUUCAUCUCAGUACUCCAGAAGGUCAAAUGAUCAGCCCUCUCAAUCACAUCUUCCUCAGCUCUCCACGACAUGCAGAAGGUUUGCAGAAACCCGACAUCACGUUUACUGUAAAGGAUGCUGGGAUUGUUCAGAGUUUUGUCGUGACUCUGCACUGCUCCUUUCCUGCCGUGUACGUUUGGCUGGAUGUUGAUGAUAUUCCCGGUCACUUUAAUGUCAAUGGCUUCCUGAUGCUGUCUAACAAAUCCACAGUUACUUUUGGAGCAUGGAGACCCACCACUGCCGAAGAAAUCACUGCAAAUCUCCAUAUCACGUCACUCAGAGACGUCUACUGAUUUUAUAAUGUCUAGUUGUCUGACCGACAGCUUCUUUAAAAUCUUCUAUACAAAUGAAAUUCAUAAAAGAUUGCGAGGCACUUUGUCUUCUGCUCAGGAUGGCCCUGUUAAUUACUACUUAUGGUUCUAUUUGUUAGAUUAGUUACCUGCAUUAAAAAAUACUUCUAAAGCAUUUAGUGAUCAUAGUAAAUGUUAAUUUCAACAUUAAAUACAUUAUUAAAAUCAAAAGCUGUAUAUAAAUAUUAUUUCAUGGACUUGAGCCAACAUGAACAAACAAUAAAUAGUUGUUUUUUAUUAACUAAUUUUAACAAAGAUUAAUAAAUACUAUAACAAAUGUAUUGAUCAUUGUUAAUUAAUGUUAGUUAAUGAAUUAACUAAUGAAACCUUACAAGAGAUAUUUUUUCAAACAAAGUGCAUAUGAAUACUUGAAUCAAUUUGAAAUAAAUGUGUUGCAAUAAUAUAAAA